AGAGCACCAAAAAAUGAAAAAUUGUGUGCUGAUAGUUUGAUGAUUGGAGUCAUUGGACCACACAUGUCGCUACCACUACCUAAUUGUCCUAUCAGUGCCUGUUCAGUCCUUUUGGGCCUGUAAAACCCUGGAGCCUUCCAUGGCAGGCAAUGGCGGCCUGCCAACACUAGGCCGCGUAAAGCUCGUCGACCUAAUCCCUUCCGAAGGCAUCCCUUCAGAUUCCUACAAACUCUCAGUCUCCACUUUAUCCCAAUCCCUUGCCCAGUACUCGGCCGCCAUUAUCCAAUUCCCCUCUAAAGACGGAGCCCUCAUAAAGUCCUGCCUCGAUUCUGCUCGUCUCUAUUUCCACCACAGACCCCCUUUCCCCUCAGCCGACACUAUCCAUUCCGAAGACUCACGUGACUGGUGCAAAACCUCCGGCUACCGAUCAAACCCACACUUAUGGCAGGAGACUUAUGACUUCAGGCCCGGACUCACAACAUCCUCGGACGAAAUCGAAAUCCCGCCAGCUGGCCUCCGCGACCUCUUCCCGAUUUUUGGUAAAGCUUCGAGAGACGUGCUGGACGCCAUAAGCUUCUAUCUGAACCUGCGAAGCUCGCCCUUCACCGAAGUUCUUGAUAACGUCCCUUUAAGAAAUCGCGAAAUAUCAUCGUCCGUUUUGUCCGUUUGCUGCCAUGGGAGAACCACUUUUCAGGGAGCUUUGACUGCCCAGGGAGAUGGCCCGUUUAUGUUCUCAGACGACGAUUCGCGGGUCGAUCGGACUCUUUUGACUCUUGUGAGGCCCGAUAAAGCGGGCCUGCACGUGAGGGACUUUCAUGGUCAGUGGGUUUUAGUGGAUGGUGAACUUGGGCCUCGGGAUGUGAUUGUGUAUCCUGGGCUGGCAUUGUAUCAGGCGACUGCGGGCUAUAUAAGCCCGGCAACUUACCGGAUGGAUUGUGGUGGGAUGCAGGGUGGUUUGUAUGGGCGUUGUUCGGUGGCAUUCAAGUUGAUGCCUAAGUCUAUGACGAGCUUGAACUGUUCGGAGAUGAGGGCUGCCGGGCAUGGGGUCGAGGCUCAGUUUCAGCUUCCGGUUUCGGUCGAUGACUUCAUGCAGAGAUCGACGGAUCAGCUUCUUAACAGGAACAGCUUCGCGACUUUCAGUUUUCCUGCUUCUCAAGAAGGAUCCAUAAAACCGAUCAUACGAAGAACGAAGAAGAAUAACACGAGGUGUAAGCCCCUCCCUCCAUCAAAGAGAUUACGACUCGAGGCCCAGAGAGUCCUCAAGGAGAGGGUUCAAGAUAUUGCCGACAAAAAGGGCAUCAAGCUGAGAUUCUGCACUCUAAAGGAGUGUGAGAAUCACAUUAAUUCACUCGAGAGCCCUUGCGCGGGUAUAAGGAUGGAGAUUGGGUGGCCUCAAGGAGUCCCCUUUGUGCACCCGCAUGAUCUCCCUAACAAGGCUAAGAUUGGUUUUCUUGAGACGUACGAGCCGGGAUGGUCUGAGACGAACGAGAUAGAGUGAAGAUCGGCCAAGGCUUGAAAUGUAUUUGAUCCGCUGAGGCCUCGUUACGCAAACCAUGCCAUCACCAGUUGGAGCUUUGUCGUCCUAAAAGUCUCAGGCUCAUGCUGAUGGUUGGGUAUGCAUUUUUUUUACCUCCCAUGAAAAUUUUGUAAGCAUUAAUAACUAUUACUUUUGUCUGGAGAGCUAGGUUUAUUGUUUAUGCUGCAUAAAGGCUUGAUGAGUGAAAAAGGAAGUAGAAAGUUUAUGGGCUGUGCGGUUUUUCUUUUUUUCGUCUUCAAGCAAUUGUAUCAUUAACUGUGUGAUCUAGAACUGUAUANCUU